AUGUUCCGUAAUACCUUGGGCGCGCUGCCCUGGCUGCUAUUCGCCGUUUCGCGUUUCGCCAACGCCGCCUGCGAAUGCGGCUAUUCGCUCAACAGCACAACAGACGCAGAACAUGCCGUCUUCACAGAACUAUUAGAAAAUGAUUUCCUGCACACGGACACGAAGAAUUUGACACAGUAUGGAUGGCGGCCGCAGGUGUACAACGUCUCGACUGAGAGUUCACGGGGGCCCUUUGGCAAGAAGUUUGAACUCGACAACAUCGUCAUCAACCCACUCAAGGACGACAAUGCCUGGUCGGGGAACUCGAAACAUGGAGGCGAUGCUGGUCUGGAGUUGUGGGUGUCGAGCAACACGACGGGCGGCUACGUGCAAGGGGCAGAAGUGGUAUCGGUCAGGGACGACGCGCUGCUUGGGAGCUUCCGUGUGGGCAUGAAGAUGUCGAAUGCGUCUGGAACCUGCGGCGCAUUCUUUUUCUACCACAACAACUCGCAAGAAAUCGACAUGGAGUUCCUAUCGACACAGUUCAACUCAUCCGGAGGCUCCGUCAACCUUGUACUGCAAACCCCCGAGUCCGUUGUCCACGGCUACGACGCUUCCGGCACACCUGGAUUCGAGGUCCAACCUUUGCCCUUCCGCCCUGACGGCAAGUUCCACGAGUACCGCUUUGACUGGACCGCAGACCGUGUAGCCUUCUACGUCGACGGCGAGUACCUGCACGAAAUGACCGAGAACAUUCCCAACGAGGGCGGCGGCAUGUUCUUCAACCACUGGAGCAAUGGCGACCCCAAGUGGUCUGCCGGUCCCCCCGAAAGCGACGCCGUCAUGACCGUCUCCUACGUCAAAGCCUACUUCAACUCGACCGACACCGAACGAUCGCAAGACGACUACAAGAAACGGUGCCCCAAGUUCGACGCUUCCAAGGUCUGCCAGAUUCCCGCGCAAACAUCCGCCCCCGAUGCGUCUACCGGCACAGACGGAGCCAAGACGUACUUCUUCUCGACGGACUCGGGCAACAAGGCGGUUGAUCAGACCGUCUACAACGCCGCAAGCCCCUUCAGCGUACCGACAAUCUCGAUAAUCGGCCCAUUACUGGUCGCGUUGUUCAGUUGGUCGCUAGCUUAA